UUUCUCAUAAUAACAUCUCUUGUCUGCUGUACCUUUAUUCUUUCAUUCGAUUUAUAUUAAAACAGAGUCUUUUAAAAACCGUUUUUCGUUAAACUAGCAUAACGUUUCAUUGUGACAAAUAAGGAUUACGAAUUGAGUGCGUUCGAACUAGGUAGACGUGUCUUAAAUCCAUCGUUCGCCUGUAUUACCGCGGUAGGCGAUGCCUUUCCUUCUCUUUCCAACCAAGCCAAGCCGUUUCUCCUUGACAGUCUUUCUCGCACCUUUGUUUCCCAAUGCUCUAACACUAACACUUUAGAGCGAAUCGCAACAGGCGACUUCAUUGCGCGCCGUUCGCUCGUGACCGCUCGAGCAACGAGGUUCCUCCGACAUGCGAGGUCCUUUGUCUUCUUCACUUACCGAUUUCGACUGAAUACGAGUAUAAAAAAUAAGUCGCUUAGUGUUUUCUUGAAUUUCGUCAUAAUUUCGUGUGCCAUUGUGUGAUUCAAAGAGUGACGAGAAAGAAAAAGUGUGGCCUGCGUUAAAGUGUUCCGAAACAUUUCUGAAUAAAUUUGCGGUAGGGGAAAGGAAGAGUUUGCAAGAUGUCCGAAUAUUGCGAGUACAUGUGGGACACUACGAGGGGUCACGUAAGCUCCGCUUUGGCUCGGAGUAUUUAUGAGGAGGAGGCCAGGUUCGACAAACGUGAUAAGAAACUGGCUAUUAAAACCGUCCGAGCGAUAUUGCGUGAAAUGCCGGAUGUAGAGUUGAGGCACUGCACGGACGAAUAUAUUACGCGUUUCCUGUUGGCCCGGAAGUAUCGCACAGAGCAAGCUGCCGCUCUGAUAGCCGCUUAUCAGGCGCAAGUAGCGAAUCGACAAGAUAUCUUCGGCAAUCUAACGGCUAGAGAUCCAGCCAUACAACGGGCGUUACGCGCAGGAAUACCGGGUGUACUUCCGGCGCGUGACAGAAAAGGAAGAUGCGUGCUCGUGAUUUUAGCUUCGCAGUGGGACCCGAUCGCGGUGCCAGCAUUGUCGGUUCAACGAGCUCUCUUUUUGGUCUUGGAAAUUCUGAUACAAGAUCCGAGAAAUCAGCAAUCCGGUUUCGUGGCUGUGGUAGAUUGGAGCGGAUUCUCUUUACGACAAGGCAGUGCCUUGGGCGCAGCGGCACUGCGAAACCUAAUAGCCGCUCUUCGGGGACGAUUUCCGGCCAGAUUCAAAGCUGUACACUUCUUGUCGGCACCGCUGUACGUUCAAGCCACGUUGACCCUCGUGAAACCUUUCUUAGACGAAAAAACUCGGAACAAAAUCUAUCUGCACGGAAACAAUCUGAGCACCCUGCACCAACACUUGCCCACUGACAUUUUGCCAGCGGAGCUAGGUGGCACAGGGCCAGCGUUCAAUCCAGGUCUAUGGGCUGAACCAGUUAUUCAUUCAGCUAUGAAAGAGGCCGAACUAGCCGCGAAGGAGCGGAUCGAGAAUGCAGAACGGUCUUGUGAUAAGAACCUCGAGCUGAGAGACGCAGAUAACAAUAAACCGAACGAAACAGACUCCGUAAAGUCCAACAACGUCGUGAGCAAAGAAAACGGAAGGCGAUUUUUCAAUCCCUUCGGCAGUUCUGUAAAGAAUCAAUCUGUGAGGAAACCCGGAGGGACAAACGUGGAGCUGGAUCUAAUUAGUCACAGUAAUGAAGAGGCGAGAGAAUGCAGAAAGGAUAGCAGGACGAUAAAGGAGAAUGUAGAUUCCUUUUGUAGAACCAGAGACAUGAAGUUAAAUAAUGGCAACGGUUACUUCGAUAAUAGAAGAGAACGAGACGUGGAAGAUAACUUAUUAGAGUCUCAGCCGGAGAGGAAUUUGAACAAGCCGGACAGCGACGACAACAAGGACAAUUCAUUGGAUAACAGACCAGAUAAUGCUUUGAUCGAAACAAGUAAGAUUGAGAAUCUCUCAGAAGAAGCGAAUCUCAUUACGUAAUAGAAACCUGCUCGAGCUGUUAGGUCGAAACAAAUUCAUUGAUCAAGUACUUAUACCUGAGUUGACUUUGAUUUAUUCGAAUGUCAUUAGGUUUAGGCAGGAUGCAGUAAGUACUAUGAAACAAAUUUGUAUCUCGCUGGUUUUUAAAAGAUCUAUUGUGAUAAGGUAUACAGCAUUAUUUUUAAUGUGUACUUAAAUCUUAAAUAUUGACGAGGCUUCUGUUCUUUCAUAUCAUACAAAUAAAAGACUGUUAAAUCGAAUUAGUACAUAAUUUGAAUGUUAACUGGAAAGUGAAGAAAUUUAAAUAGUAUACUGAA